AGUAGAGUCUUCCUGUACUCGGGGUUUUAUUUUGACGGUCGAGGCCGGAAGCUGCGCGUGGCACUGUCGGAGGUUUGACAGUUCGGGCCACAAUAGGUGCAGAUCGCAGCGCUCGGCUGAUGUGAACACGCUAGCGUUAGCUCGCGCUACAUGUAUGUGACAGUAAAACACAGAAGAAUCAGAAAGUGAACACACAUGGAUCCGAACCGGAUAAUCCAGGCCCUGAAAGGGACCAUUGACCCGAACCUGAGGAUUGCGGCGGAGAAUGAACUCAACCAGUCGUACAAGAUCAUCAACUUCGCUCCGACACUGCUUCAGAUCAUCGUGUCCGAGCAGGUGGAGUUUCCUGUGCGACAGGCAGCGGCCAUCUACCUGAAGAACAUGGUGAGUCAGUACUGGCAGGACAGGGAGCCUUCUCUGGGUGAGGUCAUCUUCCCCUUCAAUAUCCACGAGAACGACCGGCAGCAGAUCAGAGACAAUAUAGUGGAGGGCAUCAUCCGCUGCCCAGAGUCCAUACGCGCCCAGCUGACCAUGUGUCUGCGAGCCAUCAUCAAGCACGACUUCCCUGGCCGCUGGACGGCCAUCGUGGACAAGAUGGGCAUGUACCUGCAGUCUCAGAGCAGCGGCAGCUGGUACGGCAGCCUGCUGGCUCUGUACCAGCUGGUCAAAACCUACGAGUACAGGAAGGCCGACGAGAGGGAGCCGUUGCUGGCAGCCAUGCAGAUCUUCCUGCCAAGGAUUCAGCUGCUGAUGAGCCAGCUGCUGGCCGACGCCACCAUCUUCUCUGUUCUCAUCCAGAAACAGAUCCUCAAGAUCUUCCAUGCUCUUGUACAGUACUCGCUGCCUCUCCAGCUGAUCAACAACACAGUGAUGACUCAGUGGAUGGAAAUCUUCCGAGCUAUCAUGGACCGCGAUGUCCCUACUGAGACACUGGAGGUGGAUGAGGACGACCGUCCGGAGCUGGCCUGGUGGAAGUGUAAGAAGUGGUCACUGCGCAUCAUCACCAGACUGUUUGAGCGGUAUGGCAAUCCUGGUAAUGUUACAAAGGAGUACAGCGAGUUUGCAGACUUUUUCGUGAAGACAUAUGCAGUGGGCAUACAGCAGGUCCUGCUCAAGGUGGUGGAUCAGCACCGACAGAAGCAGUACGUUACUCCUCGGGUCCUGCAGCAGUGUCUCAACUACCUCAACCAGGGCCUGUCACACGCCCUGACCUGGAGACAGAUGAAACCACACAUGCAGACAAUAUGCCAAGAGGUCAUCUUCCCUCUCAUGUGUUACAAAGAUGAGGAUGAGAAGCUAUGGCAGGAAGACCCCUAUGAGUACAUCCGCAUGAAGUUCAACCUCUACGACGACCAUGCCCUCCCAGCCACCGCUGCUCAGAGCCUCUUGUGUAAAGCUGCCCGCAAAAGGAAGGAGGUUCUUCCUCAGAUGAUGGAGUUCUGCCACCAGAUACUGAUGGACCCCUCUGCUGACCCCCGCAGGAAGGAUGGAGCGCUGCAUUGCAUUGGUUCUCUGGCUGAGCUUUUACUGAAGAAGCGCAUGUACAGGGAGCAGAUGGAGCUGAUGCUGCAAAACUAUGUUUUUCCUUUGCUCAACUCUCCUAUGAGUUACUUGCGAGCCAGAUCAUGCUGGGUGCUCCACUGCUUCAGCCCACUGCGUUUCCAUGACGAGCUGGUUCUUCGGAACGCUGUUGAGCUGGUCAAACAGGAUCUGAUCGACGACAAAGAGAUGCCGGUCAAGGUGGAGGCUGCUAUUGCUCUCCAGACGUUGGUUAGCAACCAGGAGCAUGCUAAGCUGUACAUCAGGCCAUACAUCCGACUGGUCAUGCAGGAGCUGCUGCACGUGGUGAAAGAGACGGAGAAUGACGACUUGACCAAUGUCAUUCAGAAGAUGAUCUGUGAGUACAACCAGGAGGUUGCAGUCAUUGCUGUGGACAUGACGCAGAACCUGGCAGAGAUCUUCACCAGGGUACUUCAGAGUGAGGAGUAUGAGGAGAACGAGGACAAGACCGUCAUGGCCCUCGGUAUCCUCAGUACCAUCGACACCAUCCUCACUGUAAUGGAGGACCACAAGGAGAUCACUCAGCAGUUGGAAGGGAUCUGUUUGCAGGUGAUCGGCCUGGUGUUGCAGAAGCCCAUCAUAGGUAUGGCAGAGUUUUAUGAGGAGAUCCUGUCGCUGGCGUUUGGCCUCACCUGUCAAACGAUCUCUGCCCAGAUGUGGCAGCUGCUGGGAAUCCUGUACGAGGUCUUCCAGCACGACUGCUUCGACUACUUCACAGAUAUGAUGCCUUUAUUGCACAACUACGUUACUGUGGAUACAGACAUGCUCUUGUCCAACACAAAGCACCUAGAGGUCAUCUACAGCAUGUGCAAAAAGGUGCUGACCAUAGAUGCAGGCGAGGAUGCAGAGUGUCACGCUGCCAAACUGUUGGAGGUCAUCAUUCUUCAGUGCAGAGGCCGAGGCAUUGACCAGUGCAUCCCUCUGUUCGUGGAGGCCGUGCUGGAGCGUUUGAUGAGGGGGGUGAAGUCCAGCGAGCUGAGAACCAUGUGCCUGCAGGUGGCCAUAGCUGCUCUGUACUACAACCCGGCCCUGCUCAUGCACACUCUGGACAACAUGCACUUUCUACACAGCCCGCAGCCAAUCACUGCUCACUUCAUCAACCAGUGGAUGAAUGACACAGAGUUCUUCCUGGGGCUCCAUGAUCGGAAGAUGUGUAUCAUUGGCCUGAGUGUGCUGAUGGAGCUGCCCAGCCGACCAGCAGUGCUAGAUGGUGUUGCUGCCCAGAUCGUCCCCUCCAUCCUUCUCCUUUUCCUGGGUCUCAAACACCUUUAUGCCUCCCGCCUCAUCAACAAACCAGAUCUGUUGGCCCACGCCGGGCCUCAGGAUGAAGAUCAGAACGAGGAGAUUCCCAGUGAUGAAGACGAGGUGAAUGAGAACCGGAAUGCCAUGCAGCAGCAGUCCGGGGCGCCGGCAUGCCAGGGCGGCGAGGAAGACGAUGACGAUGAAGAUGGAGACGACUACUGGGAUGAUGGCUUUGAGGGAACGCCCCUGGAAGAGUACAGCACGCCUCUCGACUAUGACAACGGAGAGGACGAGUAUCAGUUCUUCACCUCCGCCCUGCUCAGGGUUCAGAACACUGAUGCAGCCUGGUACCUGAGUCUCACUACUCCGCUCAGUGACGACCAGAAGAAACAGCUACAGGAGAUCUACAGCAUUUCACAGCAGCGGAGGAGCACAGCCGCCAAGGGCCAGUGAGGGCUGAGGAGACGGAUGAACUGCAGAGUCAGAGAAGGGAGAUGAAGAAGAGAGCAGCUGGUCCUGAAGUGACUCAGUCCAGUGCCAUCAGAACUGGACGGAAUGCCACAGGGCUGGAUUGGAUUUAUAUCAGCACUGUAUAGAACCACAUGACCAGGACUCUGUGUGUGUGUGUGUGUGUGUGUGUGUGUGUGUGUGUGUGUGUGUGUGUGUGUGUGUGUGUGUGUGUGUGUGUGUGUGUGUGUGUGUGUGUGUGUGUGUGUGUGUGUGUGUGUGUGUGUGUGUGUGUGUGUGUGUGUGUGUGUGGAUUUAAGAGAAAGGUCUGCAUUAUAAAUAGAAACGUCCUUGCCCAACAAAAUUCUUGUUUUUGUAUAGUACAGUCCUUUGAUCGAAGUAAUUGUGUGUGUGUGUGUGUGUGUGUGGGGGGGGGGGGGGGGGGGGGGGGGGGGGGGGGGGUGUUGGUGUCUGUGUCUGAGAAACUAUAAAAAAUAAAAGCUCAGUUUAGCUGAACACUUUGUAUCAUCUCGUAGCGCGAGGGCCUAUGCAGAGAAAGUCAGACUGCCUUGUCUACAGAUGAAGAUGAACGAGAAGAAUGAGGUCCAAGACUUGUGGCCUCCAACUAUGACAUCAACACCAAUGUAAAGUAAAAUGGGAGGGAGAUCUAGGGAGAAGCAGGUUUUGUUUUUUGUGUUUUUCCCUGGAUUUUGAUUUUGUAAUGGUUUUCAGAGCUAAUUUAAGAAACUCGUAAAUAAAAAAUGUAAAAUUUCA